CGCGUCAAACGGCAGAGAAAAAGGGCAGCCCAGAUCGGGCUUCCUAGCAUUUCUCAUAAGGAAAACAAAAACCAGAUACUUCUAAAAACAAAAAUCGCCCGGACAAAGCCCUUUUUUGGCACACGUUGAUACAGACCAGCAGUACUUUCGAUGGAGCCGCCAUCUCCACCGUCUUUUCCUCCGAAAGAGUCGCUCAUUAACCGCUGCAAACCCAUUUGGCGUUCUUUCUUGAUCUUCAAUCUCGCUCUCGGAGUAUUUGUCAUCAGGGGAGAAGCAGGUUGGAUGAGCAGAUGGUGCUGCCAGUACCAGUGGCAAUUCUUUCUUAGUUUUUUUUGUUAUUGGCAUCGGGUGUCCGAGAACUGCAUCCCGACUAAUCCUGGGAGUACACAGGCCCUCGACAAGGAGUUUUCUGCAAGUGCACCUCAGCUUACAUGUUUGCAGGGGCAAGAAAGAAAGAUGCAGUCAUUGCUAAUAGCAAAUCUGCUGAAAAAAAGUUCGAUGAUCACAAAGCUACGAAAGAAGAUCCCUCCGAACCUAUUACGAGUCCAGCUACCCCAAUUGCUGAGAUGCCAUAUCUCCCUUAUUCAGUACUGGAGCCAUUGAAGGUCCUGGAGCCCAUCCCUGAAGAUCAGCAGCUUGAACUUUUCCAAUGGAUUUUGGAAGAGAAAAGAAAAGCCAAACCCAAAAGUCGUCAAGAGAAGCAACGAAAUGAUGAAGACAAGGCAAUACUAAAACAGUAUAUUCGAGCAAAAUCCAUUCCAAGUCUUUAGUUGAUACUUUUCUUGACCAAAUAUUUUGAUUUGAAAAAGUUGAAUUGUUUAUUAUAUUUUGUGAAAAUUUUAAAAAAUUGUAAUGAUGAGAUGAAAUGAAUUGAGGUGAGUUUCGAAUUCAAAUGGCACCGUAGAGAACAUGCUACAAGGGACAGACUCUCACAUAUAGGUCUUAUUGUGGAACUCAUUUUGAACUUUCAGAUAGAUAGUCAAUAGAUUUACAUUGGUUAGGCUA